AUGCGUUCACCUAUUGUCAGAGGUCAGUUGGGCACAAUGGUGCUCUUCUUCGGUUGUCGUCGUUUGUCUGAAGAUUAUAUUUAUGGUGAAGAAUUGGAAGAAGCUAAGCGAUCCGGUUACUUGCAGUUGUUUAUCGCCUUCUCACGUGAUUCGGAGGAUGGUUCUAAGGUGUACGUUCAGGACCGCAUUCGUGAAGCGGCUAGUGAUGUCUGGCAGUUGUUAGACCAAAAGCGCGCUCACGUUUAUGUUUGCGGCUCGGCUCAUACAAUGGCUCGUGAUGUGCACUCCUGUUUGGUCAGUGUGGUCCAAACGCACGGUUCCCUGUCGAUGAACGCCGCCGAAACAUACCUGAAUCGUCUUCGAGUUGAGGGUCGGUAUCACCUGGAUGUGUGGAGCUGA